CGCAAUGUCUCCUCCCGUGCUGCAGGUGGCGUCAGCGGGGCUGCAAACCGACCGUUCUCCAUGAGGAGGAGAAGAAGAUGCCGGCUCUGCCAGCACUGCUGCUGCUGUCGAUUCACUUCCUCUUCCUGUUUCUGACCAUGGUCCCGCCCCCUUACAGCCAAGGAGCCGUGCUGUCUUCACUGCGAAUGGCCGCUAUCCUUGAUGAUCAGACAGUGUGUGGUCGAGGGGAGAGGCUGGCUCUAGCUCUGGCUCGUGAGAAUAUUAACAGCAUCACCGAGGUCCCAGCGAAGGCAAGGGUGGAGGUGGAGAUAUUCGAGCUGCAGAGAGACUCCCAGUACGAGACCACUGACACCAUGUGUCAGAUCUUGCCGAAGGGUGUGGUCUCUGUGUUAGGCCCCGCCUCCAGCCCCGCCUCUGGUUCUACUGUCAGUCACAUCUGCGGGGAGAAAGAGGUCCCCCAUGUGAAGAUCGGUCCCGAGGAGACGCCCCGCCUGCCCUACCUGCGCUUUGCCUCGGUCAGCCUGUACCCCAGCAACGAGGACCUGAGCCUGGCCCUGAGAGCCAUCCUGAGCUUCUUCAGCUUCCCCUCCACCAGCCUGAUCUGCGCCAAGGCAGAGUGUCUCCUGCGCUUGGAGGAGCUGGUGCGGCACUUCCUGAUCUCGCGGGACACGCUGUCGAUCCGCAUGCUGGACGAGAGCCAGGACCCCACCCCCCUGCUGAAGGAGAUCCGGGACGACAAGAUCGGCACCAUCAUCAUCGACGCCAACGCCUCCGUGUCAUACCUCAUACUGAGGAAGGCUGCAGAGUUGGGGAUGACGUCAGCGUUCUACAAGUACAUCCUCACGACUAUGGAUUUCCCUCUGCUCCGGUUGGAUGAUAUAGUGGACGAGCAGUCUAACAUCCUGGGCUUCUCCAUGCUCAACACGACCCACCCGUUCUACGUGGAGUUCCUGAGGAGUCUCAACAUGUCCUGGAGAGAGAACUGCGAGAUGAGCCUGUACCCCGGGCCAGCGCUCUCCUCAGCUCUCAUGUUUGAUGCGGUGCACGUGGUAGUUAGUGCAGUGCGGGAGUUGAAUCGCAGUCAGGAGAUCGGGGUGAAGCCGCUGUCCUGCACCUCCCCUCAGAUCUGGCAGCACGGGACCAGCCUCAUGAACUACCUGAGGAUGGUGGAGUAUGAUGGGCUCACUGGUCGCGUGGAGUUCAACAGUAAAGGCCAGAGAACCAACUACACCCUCCGAAUCCUGGAGAAGCACCGCGGGGGUCACAAAGAGAUUGGUAUCUGGUAUUCUAACAACACGCUAGCGAUGAACGCCACGACGCUGGAUAUCAACGUGUCAGAAACCCUGACCAACAAAACGCUGAUCAUCACCACCAUAUUGGAGAACCCGUACGUGAUGCGCAAGUCGAACUACCAGGAGCUGCAGGGGAACGGUCGGUACGAGGGGUUCUGCGUGGACAUGCUGAAGGAGCUCGCCGACAUCCUCAAGUUCAAGUUUCGCAUCAAGCUGGUGGACGACGGGCUGUACGGGGCGCCAGAACCCAACGGGUCCUGGACCGGCAUGGUGGGGGAGCUGAUCAACCGGAAAGCUGACCUGGCGGUGGCUGGUUUCACCAUCACAGCGGAGCGAGAGAAAGUGAUCGACUUCUCCAAACCCUUCAUGACCCUGGGGAUCAGCAUCCUGUACAGAAUGCACAUGGGUCGGAAGCCGGGGUACUUCUCGUUCCUCGAUCCUUUCUCUCCAGCGGUCUGGCUCUUCAUGCUGCUGGCAUACCUGGCUGUGAGCUGCGUGCUGUUCCUGGCAGCCAGACUCAGCCCCUACGAGUGGUACAACCCUCACCCCUGUCUGCAAGACCGACGGGACAUUUUGGAAAACCAGUACACACUGGGAAACAGCCUGUGGUUCCCAGUGGGGGGAUUCAUGCAGCAGGGUUCCGAGAUCAUGCCGAGGGCCCUGUCAACACGCUGCGUCAGCGGGGUCUGGUGGGCCUUCACUCUGAUCAUCAUCUCCUCGUACACGGCUAACCUCGCUGCCUUCCUCACCGUGCAGCGCAUGGAGGUUCCCAUCGAGUCGGCUGACGACCUGGCGGACCAAACCAACAUCGAGUACGGGACCAUCCACGGGGGGAGCACCAUGACCUUCUUCCAGAACUCGCGGUACCAGACGUACCAGCGCAUGUGGAACUACAUGCAAUCGAAGCAGCCCAGCGUGUUUGUGAAGAGCACUGAGGAGGGCAUCGCCCGCGUGGUCAACUCCAAGUACGCCUUCCUGCUGGAGAGCACCAUGAACGAGUACCACCGCUGGCUCAACUGCAACCUCACCCAGAUCGGGGGGCUGCUGGACACCAAGGGCUACGGCAUCGGCAUGCCCCUGGGCUCCCCGUUCCGUGACGAUAUCACCCUGGCGAUCCUGCAGCUGCAGGAGAACAACCGUCUGGACAUCCUGAAGAGGAAGUGGUGGGAGGGAGGCAAGUGUCCCAAAGAGGAGGACCACCGGGCAAAGGGGCUGGGGAUGGAGAAUAUCGGAGGGAUCUUCGUGGUUCUGAUCUGCGGGCUGAUCAUCGCGGUCUUCGUCGCUGUCAUGGAGUUCGUGUGGUCGACGCGGCGCACGGCAGAAUCAGACGAGGUACGAGACAGCCAGCAAACCCACAAACACAAACCCAGAGCAAGCAGAAUCUCGGUGUGUCAGGAGAUGCUCAGUGAGUUCCAGAACGCGGUCUCCUGUAAGAAGACGUCUCGUUCCCGGAGGAGACGCCCCUUCCCCCGCCGCGGCCGGCUCUCCCUCUCCACCCCGAAGCCCCUCCGCCUGGUCCGGGAGAUGCGACUGAGCAACGGCAAGCUCUACUCGGGGGCCGGGCCCCUGACCGGGGGGGGCCACACCUCCUGCUCCUCCUCCAACACCCUGGGGGCCGCGGCGGCGGGGGGCCCCUCGGAGCUGGGCCCGGGGCCCCAGAGACUCCUGGAAGACCCCCGGAGCGCCAACACCACCCCCCCGCCCCCCCCACCGCCUCACCCCCCUCCCCCGCAGCUACAAACCCCCAGGAGCUGCACCCACAUCCGGAUCUGCCCGGAGUGUCGGAGGAUACAGAGCCUUCGAGCAGCGAGGGGGACCGGCUCCUGCACCCUGCCCCUCCCCCUGCCCCUCCCGCUGCCCCGCCUCUCCCUCCCGCCCCCUCGCCCCGCCUCCUCCACCUCCGGCAGCGAGGAGAGCGCCAGGCAGGCUGCCAGCGAGCAGGACUGAGAGAAGGAGGGAGAGAGCGCAGAGACUGGAGCAGGAACUCAAACACGUGCAAACCACGGAGGCAAGCCGGGCAGGCUAGAUGCGGCACGCAGAGGGAUUCCGGGCUUCAAGGCUUGAAGUGUGCCGGGGCCCCGCGGACUUCUGGGGCUUCGGAGGGGUUUCGUUCCAAGUUUUAAGAAGGGUGUAGGGUGGCAGCCCUAACGCGGGGUUUGGAAAUAUCUUAAUAUUAUAAUAUUCCUGUCGUUCGUUGUAUUUCUUUUUUUUCUGUUGCAAAGGGAGAGAGGGGAGGGGAGGGAGGGGGAGGGGGGGUGACACUAAUUUCAUAAUUGUAUGUUUUUUUUUUCAGCUAUGGUGUUAUAAAUACCCAGACAAUUCACAGUGUUCAUGAUAUUGUGAAGGGAUUUGAUUGUUAUCAUUUUUAUAUAUGAUGAUGAUGAUGAUGAUGAUGACGAUGAUGAUGAAGAUGAGUGAUUAAUUGAUUAUUAUUAUUAUUAGGAUUAUAGGGUCAUUACCCUGAUUUGUGUUGCCAUUACAUUUAGAGCUAUGAGUUGAAAGGUGGUGAGGUCGCCUGUUUGAAACACUUAAAGAAAUUGAAUCAAGGCGCUGAUGAAGGUUUCCAUUCGGAAUCUUUCUCAGCGUCUCGGAUCCACUUUGUGUCACAGCCGUCGAUAGUGACUGAACAGGAAGGCACUGAGAGACGGGGCCCCUAGCGGAAACGCUUCUCGCUGGGUUUAUUAACUUCCUUUUAAGAUUUCUGUUGAAGACACUGAGAGAGACUUCCAGCCGCCAACGCGUCCGUUUUCAGAUGAUCUUUUGUUUUAUUUUUUGGUUUGUUUCUUUUUCAUUUGAUUUCAAUUCAUUGAUUUUUAUUAUAUAUAUUUUUUUCAUGUCAAAUUCUGUCCAGCAGGUGGUGGUGCAGACUUCAAUUUAUGACAACAAAAAAAUGAAUAAAAGGAUUAUUAUUAUUAUUAUUAUUAUUAUUAUUAUUAUUAUUAUUAUUUUAUAUCUUUUUUAACUUGUUUUUUGUAUCGGAUGGUUUGUAUUUUUUAUAUUAUUUUAAUUGUAUUAUCAUUUUUAAUAUCAUUUUUUUUUAAUUUCAUUCAUUAUUUUAUUUAUAUAUAUAUAUAAACAAUUGAAAACGGAAAACGGUUGUGUAGCAAAAGGUGAAAAAAAAUCGAAAAGAUAAAGGUAAUGCAGGUUCACAAAAAUGUGAAGAAUUGAUACAAAACAAAAUCAAUAACAUCAGGACUCCCAAGUCCCCCCUCCAGCUUUAAAAAACAGCUUGCAGUGUUCUGGCUGUCAUGUCCAAUUGUGACCAGCAGGUGGUGCUCUAGACACCCGAAAGCGUGCGUGUAGCGCUAGCGGCGAGUCCUGCGCGUUUCAAUCUCAUUAGGCAGUGACUGGCUUCACAGUUUAUCACGUUGCAUUGUACUCUGAGUCUUCUGUGCUGGUUUAGAAUGAAGAAAAAAGAAAAGAAAGGACUUCUGCUUCCAGAACUGUUUAUUUUAUUAUUGUGAUUAGCCCUCCAUCCAUUAUCUGUGACCGCUUAAUCCUAUAGAGGGUCGCGGUGAGCCGGAGCCUGACCCGACAGACACAGGGGCGCAAGGCGGGACCACACCCUGGACGGGACGCCAGUCCAUCGCAGGGCAGCUAAGGGGCAAUUUAGAGAGGCCAGUCCACCUAGCCAGCAUGGACUGUGGGAGGAAACCCACGCGAACACGGGGAGAACAUGCAAACUCCACACAGACAGACCCCUGAGGUCUGAAUCGCACCCAGGACCCUGGAGCUGUGAGGCAGCAGCGCUAACCACUGCGCCACCGUGCCUCCCUUCAUUGGGAUUAUGAUCAUUAAUAUUAUCAUUACAGAACCGCGCACCAUAGGCUUUUUCUAGAUGACAGAAUCGCUGUGAACGAUAAACAGACCCUGAAAAACACAAACGCACUGUCUCUUAUAAGACUGAGGUACUGGGAGACACAGCGACUGGGAAUGACAUACUGGGAGACACAGAGACUGGGAAUGACAUACUGGGAGACACAGCGACUGGGAAUGACAUACUGGGAGACACAGAGACUGGGAA